AUGCCGUCCCUUCGCCUGUGUUCAGGGAAGGGGAAGAUGGAGGCGGUUGUGCUUCUGGUGUGGCGGAGGGACCCGGAGAAUGGCCGGUUGUGCCAGGCGGAGCUGCCACAGGGAUCCACCGUGAGGGAGCUCCUUCCCUCCAGCGGCCCGGGAAUAUCUUGCUGGGACUUUUAUGUGACCUGUAAUGGGCGACGACUUAGCAGAGAUGACGCUGUGCAGAAUGGAUACACUUACAGUGUGGAGCCGCGACUCUGUGGAGGAAAAGGAGGUUUUGGUUCCAUGCUUAGGGCACUGGGGGCUCAAAUUGAGAAGACUACAAAUAGAGAGGCCUGUCGUGAUCUCAGUGGAAGGCGACUUAGAGAUGUUAAUCAUGAAAAAGCCAUGGCUGAAUGGAUCAAGAAACAAGCAGAGCGUGAAGCAGAGAAGGAACAGAGGCGCCUGGAAAGACUAAAACGUAAGCUUGAAGAGCCAAAACACUACUUCACUGACCCAGAGUAUCACCAACAGCGCAGUGACAUGUCUGAGAGGCUGGAGGACUCUGUCAUCAAAGGUCUGCAAGCUUCUUCGAGUACAGUGGUUUCUCCAGAGUCAAGUGACUGUUGCAAACGUAGGAAAGAGUCCCCAGGUGGCAAAGGAAAAUCCAAGCAGAAAUUUCUAUGGACUGGAAUGGAAGGGAUGGAGGUUUCAAGCUCUGACAGUGACGUAGAGUCACCCAGCACAUCGGCAUCUUGUCACAGUGCAGAGCAGAGACUGCACAGCUCUGAGAGUGAUUCUGAUGAUCAGGCACAGUGUUCCUCAUCCCCCUUGAUAUUCACAAAGCCGAGCAACCACAUCAAUCUUGAUGAAGAGGCCACAGGCCAUGAACAGUUAGCUUCUGAUUCUGACCAGACAGAAAUUGUUGAAGAGGCUGCAGACAAUGGACAAUUAGUCUCUAACCAUGGCCAGACAGAACUUUUCGAAGAGGCCAUAGACAAAGGCAGCCAGUCUCUGAACCGAGCCAGACAGAACUUUCAGAGGCUCUGCCAGAACUUGAGAAACCAACCUUCACCCCUAACCCACCAAAGGAGUCUUUUGGCAUGGCCGCCUUUGACCUCAUGUCAUUCUCCUCUGCUGUGCAGCUGGAGGCUCUGGGUUUUGACAAGUUGAAAACGGAACUGAUGGCUCUGGGUCUGAAGUGCGGCGGGACAUUACAAGAGCGUGCAGCCAGACUCUUCUCGGUGCGUGCACUUUCCAAAGAUCAGAUAGACCCGGCUCUCUUUGCCAAACCAACCAAAGCAAAGAAAAAAUAA